AUGGCACAGUCCACAUUAAGCAUGAAUCAACGCACAUUCCAUUUCCAGGCAAACCACGCCCAAAGCUACCAAUAUUGCAUGUCUACACUCAAAAUGGAACUGUCAAGACAGGGUGAAACGCGUCAGCAGAACUCUAGUUCUGAGACAACAAUAUGUGUGCCGUCCACCGUGCUUGGGGAAGCCUUCCACGGGCAAGAGGUGGUGAGGCCGCGUAGAGAAGACUGGUACGGAGGUGCAGAUGAAAAACUCAGCGGAAAAGUUGCGUUGUCCAUGGAUCGUCAUGAACAGGGCAUGAUUUUACCUCUCUUGUAUGAAAACUUCCUUACAUUGAAUAGACAAUGA